ACAAGUUAUCGCGACCGUAUCGGGACCGCGAGCACUGGGCUGCGCAGUUGACUCAAGGGACGGGAUCAGCGCAUAGUCGGACCCGCGAAAAUGCAUCAGCUAUAUAUCUUCGUCCGUGGGUUCCGGUCCCUACGAGUCCCCGAUCUCCCAAGCUCCCCGUCCACUGCCAGAAAGUUCGUACUCUCCCAACGGAACUGUAUCGAGACGCACCAUGGGCCUUGCUCCACUCGAACUCCCUGUCCGGCAGAAGGCCGAUGUCGACGCCACCCAGAACGGCCCGGUCAAGUUUGGCCACGAGCUGAGGGAGCAGCAUUUCCUCUUCGACCCGUCGUACCGUAACCUGAACCACGGUUCCUUCGGCACCAUCCCGCGCGCCAUCCAAGCCAAGCUGCGCUCCUAUCAGGACCAAGCCGAAGCCGCGCCGGACGUCUUCAUCCGCUACGACUAUCCCAAGCUGCUUGACCAGUCGCGCGCGGCGAUCGCCAAGCUGCUCCGCGUGCCCACCGACACGGUGGUCUUCGUCCCCAACGCGACAACCGGCGUCAACACGGUGCUGCGCAACCUGGACUGGAAUGCCGACGGCAAGGACGAAAUUCUCUACUUCGACACCAUCUACGGCGGCUGCGCCCGCACGAUCGACUACGUCGUCGAGGACCGCCAGGGCCGCGUGUCCCACCGGUGCAUCCCGCUCUCGUACCCCUGCGAGGACGACGCGGUGGUGGCCGCGUUCGAGUCCGCCGUGGAGGCGUCCCGGCGCGACGGCAAGCGCCCGCGGCUCUGCCUCUUCGACGUGGUCUCGUCGCUCCCCGGCGUGCGCUUCCCUUUCGAGGCCAUCGCGGCGGCCUGCCGCGCCGCCGGCCUGCUCUCGCUCGUCGACGGCGCGCAGGGCGUCGGCAUGGUCGACCUCGACCUGGCCGCCGUCGACCCGGACUUCUUCGUGAGCAACUGCCACAAGUGGCUGCACGUGCCGCGCGGCUGCGCCGUCUUCUACGUGCCGGAGCGCAACCAGCCGCUGAUGCGCUCGCCGCUGGUGACCUCGCACCGCUUCGUCCCGCGCGCCGGCGCCACCCAGCCGCUUUUCAACCCGCUGCCGCCGACGGACAAGACCGAGUUCGUCAGCAACUUUGAGUUCGUCGGCACGGUCGACAACGCGCCCUACCUGUGCGUGCGCGACAGCCUCCGGUGGCGCGAGGAGGUGCUGGGCGGGGAGGCGCGGAUCCUGGCGGCGCUCACGGCGCAGGCGCGCGAGGGCGGGCGUCGCGCCGCCGCGAUCCUGGGCACCGAGGUGCUGGAUAACGCCAGCCAGAGCCUGACGCGGUGCUCCAUGGUGAACGUGGCGCUGCCGCUGGCGGUGCAGCCCGAUGGGGAAGGGGAGGCGCCGCCCGCGGCAGGCGGCUUCCCUGCCCUGCCGAAGGAGGAUGUCUCGGCGGUGACGAACUGGAUGCUGGAGACGCUCAUGGACGAGUUCAAGACGUUCAUCGCGCUGUUCGUCUACAAGGACCGCUGGUGGGCGCGCCUCAGCGCGCAGGUGUAUCUGGAGCUCGAUGACUUCGAGUGGGCGGGCCAGACGCUGAAGACGGUGUGCGAGCGGGCCGGCCGGGGCGAGUACAAGCAGGACAGGCCGUAGUUUUUUAUUUACUCACGUAAUCCAUCCGGUCUCAGUUCCGUUCGACCCUUCUCUCCACCCCCAACCCAACCCGACCGACUCCCCAAAAUUCACACCCCCAUCUCCGCCCUCACCCGCCUCAACA